UAGGUAUGAGAAAUUAUUCUCACUGGUUGAAGCUCAAGAUUCAACCUGAAGAAUUAGGGUUUCACAACUUCUGUAAAAUUAUGGAAGACUAUUGGAGUACGUUCAUCCCAAAAUUUCCACAUCUGCAGAUCGUAUGCCGAACCAGAGCGAACUCACAGAUUGCAUUGCUUCAGAUGAAGAUUUUUAUUAAGGCAAAAUUAAGUCAAAUCUGCGAUGUUUACAUUUUUAGGGUGAUAUGUAUUUCUAUUAGAAUUUUAUGUUUUUCAUAAAUGACUUGUAAGUGUCGUUUGGCGAAAUAUUAAUGAAAUCCCUUUUAUUUCUUUAAAAAAAAAAAUUAAAAAAAAAACAAAUGGUGAUAUUGAAACACUGAGAGUAUUCAAUUGUCCUACUACCUAGCCCACUAGCCCAUAUGCACCUUUAAAUUCGUAAUUUUCGAGGUCGGUUCUUUUAAUCAUCUUCCCCAAAAACAAAAACAAUCACAAAAACUAUAAAAACCAACUCCCGCUGUUUUAACACCCCCGCCUUCUCUCUCCUCAAAACAAACUUUCCAUUUUCUCUCUCCUCUCCUCACUCCUCUAAUGGAUUCCACUAAACAUUCUUCAGUCAUCAUUAUCGGCGCUGGAAUCUCCGGCAUAUCAGCAGCGAAACAACUCGCCGAUAAUGGCGUUGAAGAUAUCGUUAUUCUCGAAGCUUCCGAUAGAAUCGGCGGUAGAAUUCGUAAAGAAACUUUUUCCGGCGUAAAUGUCGAACUCGGCGCCGGUUGGAUCGCCGGCGUCGGCGGUAAAGAAUCAAACCCGGUCUGGGAACUCGCGAACCGGGCCGGGUUACGUACUUGCUUCUCCGAUUAUAGCAAUGCUCGUUAUAAUAUCUACGACAGAGGUGGGAAAAUAUUUUCGAGCGAAAUUGCUGCUGACUCGUAUAAAAAAGCGGUUGACUCGGCGAUUGAGCGACUCAGUAAUGAAGCUGAUAAUACUUUUGAGCCUCCCAACUCGCCUAAAACACCAAUUGAAUUGGCAAUUGAUUUCAUCCUCCAUGAUUUUGAAAUGGCAGAGGUAGAACCAAUUUCUACAUAUGUUGAUUUUGGGGAAAGGGAAUUUCUAGUUGCUGAUGAAAGAGGGUACGAGUAUUUGUUAUACAAAAUGGCUGAAACGUUUCUUUUGACUUCUGAUGGUGAGAUUUUGGAUAAUCGGCUAAAACUCAACAAGGUUGCUCGGGAAAUACAAAACUCAAGGAGCGGCGUUACAGUAAAAACAGAGGAUGGUUGCAUCUACGAGGCUAGUUAUUUAAUUUUGUCUGUUAGCAUUGGCGUACUCCAAAGUGAUCUGAUUACUUUUAGGCCACCUUUGCCCGUACGUAUCCUCCUUUUUAAUUGUAGGUGGAAGACUGAAGCCAUUGAUAAAUGUGAUGUGAUGGUAUAUACUAAAAUCUUCCUCAAGUUUCCUUGUAAGUUUUGGCCAUCCGGACCAGAUAAAGAAUUCUUCAUCUAUGCACAUGAGAGGAGAGGCUACUAUACGUUCUGGCAGCACAUGGAUAGUGCCUAUCCAGGAUCCAAUAUUCUCGUUGUAACAUUAACAAAUGGUGAAUCGAAACGUGUUGAAGCCCAACUUGACGAAGAGACUCUCAAAGAAGCCAUGGAAGUUCUUAGAGACAUGUUCGGCUCUGACAUACCAGAUGCCACUGACAUACUUGUCCCUCGCUGGUGGAAUAAUCGCUUUCAGAGGGGCAGCUAUAGCAAUUACCCCAUCAUUUCCAACAAUCAGCUUGUGCAAGAAAUUAAGACUCCAGUAGGACGCAUAUUCUUCUCAGGAGAGCAUACAAGUGAGAGAUUUAAUGGCUAUGUUCAUGGAGGAUAUCUUGCAGGCAUUGACAGCGCAAAUACUUUGUUAGAAGAAAUGAGAACGGAGAAAGGAAGACAAAACAACAGUACUUCACCAUUCCUGUUGGAACCUUUGCUAGCUUUAACAGGAUCAUUGACUUUGUCUCCCAGUGAGAAGAUAUCAAAAAUUCACAAGUAUGAGUUGCCUAGGCAAAUAUUCCUUGGCAGCAACCUAGGAUUGCCAGAGGCCAUUUUAUGACUAAAUGGACGAAUCACUUGUGAGCAAUUUAUUGAUUGUAAUGGUGCACUCGUCGAGCCAAACAGCAGGGCAAGCUAUGGUGCUUGUACCACCCGCCAAGCAAAAUAUAGAUGAUACUUGAUUGGGACAUUGGAGAUGGAAGCUACCUGCAUUGGUUGGCGUAGUUGAUGUAAGAGUAUGCAAGUUCAAGUUGAUUAAGUCAAGCAGUAUACUCAUAAUGAUUUGGUGAAUAGUUAGUUAGAUGAGAGUAAAGAAAAUUGAUUGAAGCAACAAAGCAUAUUUUGGAUAGGGUUCAGUAGUUUUGGAUUAUGUAUGUGGUUUAUCUGAUGUUAACCAGCUAAAACGCUAAUCCAAUUCAUUCAACAUGUACUAUAACUUCUUUUUUGGAAGGAAAAAGAUGUACUUUAUUGUAAGAUUCUAAUAUUAUCAAGUAUAUAUUGAUUAUCAAUAAA